GUUGUAGUGAGUAACUUCGUAGCACAGACGAUUGACGAAAUAAUUUACCAAUUUGUGUACACAUUUUACAGCGUCACGCCUUUACUGGCAAAAAUGGUUUCAAAAAUUACGGAAAUAAGUCUGAACAAGUGGUCUGCGAGGAAAAUGUUUCUGCUGCAUCUUCAUGUAGACGAGGAUACAAUAGAAGACGAUUUCGAAGGCCUCGGAACUGUGGAUUCAGCAGUUACUUCGUAUGUUGUACCUCCUGGCCGGCGAUAUAUGUUAGUAAUUGGGUACAUUUCUUGUAAUGAAAAAAUAAGUCGCAAAACUCAUUACGUAUUCAUAAAUAAAGAACUACGAGUGAUUGUAAAAAGUGCUGGCGUCGUGGCUUUUCGAAUCGUAUUCGGCACUCCUGAUUGUGUCUGGAAGUACAUGGAAAGACAUUUGUCUGGAUUUGCAAACGACGAACAACUGCGACUUAAGUAUUAAAUAUCAUGAUGUGGCGUACGUGAUCAUGACUCCUGUUCUCAUUUAUAAAUAAAGUUUUU